UUUAAUUAAUAAAAUGGUGGUAGCAAUGGCAGGGGGAAGGAGAUCAGAUAUUAAUAUUGUGUUAUUGUUCGUGGUUACCUUAAGCAUCAGCUUGUUUCCUAUUAUGAAAUCACAACAAUUUGAUAAAUUUUACUUUGUUCAACAAUGGCCACCAGCUGUUUGCGAUGGACGUACAGGAAAAUGUGUAGGAAAAGGGAUGUACUACUUUACAAUUCAUGGUGUGUGGCCUCAGAAAGGAGGAAAAUCUGUAAUUAAUUGCCCUGGCACCCAAUUUGAUUUCAAUAAGAUUUCGAGUUUAGCAAACACUCUACAUCAAAUUAUGAAGGAUGUGAUAAACGCAGACGACCAAUUUUUAUGGUCUCACGAGUGGAACAAACAUGGAGUUUGCUCAGAAAGCAGGUACUCAAUGAAACAAUACUUCCAAAUGGCGAUAAAUAUGAAGUACAAGAUCAAUGUUCUUAGUGCCCUGAGGAUGGGUGGGAUAACCCCAAACAACCACUUGAAGGCCAAACAAAGAGUAGAGGGGGCGAUGUUCACUGCAUAUAACGCAUAUCCUCUUCUUCGAUGUAAAAAAGAUUCAUCUGGCCAAUCCCUAUUGACGGAGGUUGUUAUGUGCUUUGACAAUGAUGGUGUCACCCUUCUAAACUGCACUACAACGAAAUCCAAUUGUGAUGCAGACGUUCUCUUUUGAUAACAUAUGUAAACUCUUCAAUUCUCAUGCAUGCCAAUAAUAAUGUUAUUAGUUAACAAUCCAUGCAUGUGCUUAAUUCCAUGCAUAAACAUAAGAAAUAAAAUAUAUAUGUGUCAUGUGGUUAUCUAUCUAUAAUUAAAAUAAGUUGGUGCUAUGCUUCGUCACCAAUAUUUGUCUCCAAGUUUAUAUAAUAUACCGUGUGUUUAAAGUUGUUGUCUUCUGUAA